AUGAUCCCGAGCGGCGGCCACCUUUCCAUUAUGGUGAGGAGAUGUCUCCUCACUUUCAAACUGUUCAGGAUCUUCGUGGUGGGAAUUGGCUUCUUCAGCCUGUGCUUUCUAAUGACCUCUCUCGGGGGCCAGUUCUCGGCCAAGCGACCCGGAGAUUCCCCGUUCACAGUACGAGCCGAAGUGCUCGGGGGCCAAGAGUCUCGGGGGGUGCUGAGGAAAAUCAGCGACAUGCUGGAGGUCAUCAUGAAGAGGAUGGACACGCUGUCCAAACUGGGAAACACCACAGACAGCCAGAGACUGGAAGAGCUCAGCUCGGCACUGGACAGGAUUCAGCCUAUAGGGCUUGUGGAGCGCAUCCAAGCCAUAGCCCAGAACAUGUCUGACACGGCAGUGAGGUUGGAGCAGAUCCUGCAGCGCAGUAUGGCCAGCAACAGAGUUAGGGACGGGACAUUAGGACAAUGUGAGACUCCUAAAGAUCCCCGUUAUCCAAACUGUCUCAGCAAGAUGGAUUGGAUGCGCGCCCGUUGGACCUCGGAUCCGUGCUACGCCUUCUACGGUGUGGACGGCUCCGACUGCUCCUUCCUCAUCUACCUGAGUGAAGUCGAGUGGUUCUGCCCCCCGCUGGCCUGGAGGAACCAGACCGCCACGCCCACCCUGAAGCCUCUGCCCAAGACACAGGCUGUUUUCCAGUCCGACAUCGGGACUCUGCUGGAGCAGCUGGGCACGGGGAAGGAAUCUCUGAGCUUCAUGAAGAGACGCAUCCGCAUGCUGGCGGCGCAGUGGGCUUCUGCCGCACGCCGCUUGGACGACAAGCUUCGCAAUCUCUGGAGGGAGAAGAAAACGAUUCUCGUCCACGUGGGCUUCCUGACGGAGGAGUCCGGGGACGUUUUCAGUCCCAAAGUGCUGAAGGGGGGUCCGCUGGGCGAGAUGGUGCAAUGGGCCGACAUCCUCACCGUCCUGCACGUGCUGGGGCACAACCUCAAGAUCUCGGUUUCUCUCAAGGAACUUCACGGGUUUUUGGGUGUCCCCCCAGGACGAGGAAGCUGCCCCCUGACUGGACCUCUGCCCUUUGACCUCAUCUACACCGACUAUCACGGCCUGCAGCAAAUGAAGCAGCACUUGGGUCUGUCACUGAGGAAGCAAAAGUGCCGCGUGCGAGUGAUCGACACCUUCGGCACCGAGCCGGCUUACAACCACGAGGAGUACGCCACCCUGCACGGCUACAGGACCAACUGGGGCUACUGGAACCUGCACGGCCAGCAGUACAUGACCAUGUUCCCCCACACUCCAGACAACUCUUUUAUGGGUUUUGUGGCCGAGGAGCUGAAUGAGACGGAGCGACCGAACAUUCAGAGGAACAAGGUUAAGAAUAUGGCUGUCGUGUACGGUAAAGAGAUCAGCAUGUGGAAGCUUCAAGGAAAGGAAAAGUUCCUGGCCGUUCUGCACCGCUACAUGGAGAUCCAUGGGACGGUUUACUACGAGACACAGCGACCACCAGAGGUUCCGGCUUUUGUGAAGAACCACGGUCUUCUGCCUCAGCAGGAGCUACAGCAGCUCCUCAGAAAGGCCAAGCUUUUCAUUGGAUUUGGUUUUCCAUACGAAGGUCCCGCCCCCCUGGAAGCCAUCGCCAACGGCUGCAUCUUCCUGCAGCCCAAGUUUAAUCCCCCCCACAGCUCCCUCAAUCACGACUUCUUCAGAGGGAAGCCCACCUCCAGGAAGGUGUCGUCUCAGCAUCCCUACGCAGAGCAGUACAUCGGCCGGCCGCACGUCAUCACUGUCGACUUCAACAACACCGAAGAGUUUGAUGCAACCAUUCGUGAGAUCAUGGACAGCGAUGUGGAGCCGUUCCUGCCGUACGAGUACACCUGUGAGGGGAUGCUUGAGAGAGUCCAUGCCUACAUUCAGAAGCAGGACUUUUGUUCACCUGAAGCUCCGUUCCCUCCGGGGAACUCGUCGAGCACGUGGCUGGGCGGCCCCCCAAGCCCCUUCACCCUCCUGCCCAACUCCAGCCUCCUGACCUGGGCCUCCAACUCCAGCUCCUACGAGUCCUGGCCCCCCCUUAGCGCACUGCGACUUCUGGCUUCGCUGGAGGGCCGGUCAUGUGUUCAGGCGUGUGAGAGCGUAGGACUAAUCUGUGAACCGGCCUUGUAUCGUUUCAUCAACAUUAAGGAGGCCUUCAGCGCGCUGGAUUUCCAGUGUGAGGCACUGGAGACGGAGAUGAACCACCUCCUCCCAGCCUUCUCGGCAGAGCACGCUGAAUGUGGCCUGCAGCAGGACCCGCUGCUGUUCAGCUGCGCCGGCUCUGGGGCCAAAUACCAGCGCCUGUGCCCCUGUAGGGACUAUCGUGUCGGCCAGGUGGCGCUGUGCAGGGACUGCCUAUGA